CUCUGCUGUUGCCCGUCGUCAUCGGCCUCCCUCCAGCACCACAACCCCACAUGUAUCUAUACUCGUUCGACUCGCCGUUCUUACGCGAACAUGCUGGACAGUUGUGUCUAAUCUAUUUUCUUCUCUAUAUGCUAUCUACAAGCACAAACAAUAGACCCAUCUGGAGGCAACUGCGGGGACCAUACAUCGGGGUCAAUGUCCGACAGCAGCAACUGCUCCAGUGGCAGCGCACAUAGAUGGAAUAGAUUCUAAACCCCCUUUUACUAUUCAAUUCUGGUGACUGCAGCUAUCCUGAUACAUUUCUUCACAAGGUCUUCCAACAGCACCAUUAUCUCGUGCAUUUUCAUCUCACAAGCGGUUGUAUAGAU